CUGAUGUAGUCUCAGUUGAUGAGUAAAAGAGCUCCGGCACGCUUGAGACACGAAAGGAAAUAUUUUGGGCAAAUGAUGCACGUUGUGGAGUAAUUCUGCGCGUUUUUAAGGCUUUACAACCAUGGAGGAGUCCAUCUCAGGCGCCGAAUCAGCCAUUUCUGACUCCCUCUCAACAUACGAGCUGUUAAUUCUGCACACUGCAGAGGCACAGGAAUGGGCGUCGUAUUUGCAGCAGAUCCUGCAAAGUUCUCAGGAAUUCCACACAAGGCCUAUUCUGCUGUACGCGGUCGGCCCGGCCGAUGAGAUCCACGGAUACAACUUUGAAUCUUUCCAAAGCUGCGAGUGCAUUGUGCUGCUCCUCACAGGAGCAUUCCUGGACAACCUCUGUGACCAUGAACUGCAGGAAGCCCUUCAGAGACUGCUUUAUCCUCCGCACAGAGUGGUGGCGCUGUUGUGUGGUAUAUCAGAGGACAGCGCGCUAGAAGAACAUUUUAUAGACUGGGCAAGCUGGAGAAAACUCUACGCUGACGAUGACCCUUCUGUUUACGUUUCCACCAUUUUGGAAUCAAUCACUGACAGCAGACGAGCAUUAGCUGACCACAACAGCGAAAGUGGUGCAGCCGCAGCAGAGUUGCACAUUUCAGCAGCCCCUUCAGCUGAAAAUCCCACCGCUGAUGAAACAGAGGAAGUGGUGUCAGAAGAGCAGAAAGAAGCUGUCCUGGAGGAUGAAGAGCCUGCGAGCACAGGGAAUUCAACAGGCGAGGAAAUGAGUUCACCCACGCACCUCACCUGUCUCACCGUUCAACCAAACAGAGUUCUCUGCGGGGGGCAGGAGACACUUUAUAUCAUUCUCACACACAAAAUAGAUGAUCAGGUCGUACCAGAGGUGGAGUUUUCAUCUGAAAACGUACCUGCAAAAAGAGUGUCAGGCACAAUGGAGAACGAAUACACAAUAAGUGUUAUUGCACCGGAUAUGCCUGCUGGGAACAUAUCGCUCACGUUGCACACUGACCAAUCAUGUGUCAGCUUGAAGCCUGUCACAUAUUACACCAAAAUGGGGGAAGUCAGUCGGUAUCUUGAAAACGUUACUGAUCCUGUCGACUUCAUCUGUCAGGCCUUUAACUUGACAACCAAUACAACAGAAUCACUGGACAACAUGCUAACUGACUCAAUAAAAUCCAGGAUGCCUGCAGCUGGCCUUCAGCUGUUUGGAAUCGUACAGAUUGAAGAAGACAACAUGUCUGCAUAUCAACGGGACGAGGAACUUCCCACUUUGCUCCACUUUGCUGCUAAGUACGGCCUGAAGAAGCUGACCACCAUUCUCCUGCAGUGUCCUGGGGCGCUGCAGGCUUACAGUGUGAUGAACAAGCAUGGAGACUACCCAAACAAGCUGGCAGAGAAGAGUGGCUUUAGCGAUCUCAGACAGUUCAUGGAUGACUUUGUUGAGACAGCAGACAUGCUCAAGUCUCACUUUGAGGAAACCAUCAACACAGACGAUGGUGCAGACGUGUAUGAGAUGAUGUCAGCCACCUCUCAAGAUAUCAUGAAGAAGUAUUCAGGCUGCCCAGAGGAUAUAUACAUGUCGAUGGUGGAGAUCGACCCUGGCUGUGUAGAGGACCUGUAUGAGGUGAUGAGUGCUGUAGACGAGAACCCUGAGGAAGCUAUGCUCAGGAAGUUCUUCCAAGGUAAGCCCAGUGCCACAAACGUCCAGGACAACAACAACAACAAAGACCUGAAAAGUGAGGAUGAGGAAAAAGAUGAGCCUCAUAGCUUUGAUCAAGGGGAAGAGGAAGAGGAGGAUCCAUACAACCUGUGUCCAGAGGACAUCUACGAUACUGUGGAUGCAGACAGCACUUAUAACGCCGCCUUCCUGAACCGUCCACCGGCCCCCAUCCCCAGACCUGAAUCUGAGUCUGACUCUGAAAGGCCUGUAACAUACAUCUCUAGAGUAUUUACAGAUAAAGGUGCGCCCCAGAAUGCCACGAUGGAAAUGGGAUAUCCUGCAGCUCAGCCUGUGGUGGAAGCCCCCACACCUACUUAUGACCCCUAUGCUGGGAUGAAGACCCCUGGACAGAGGCAGCUUAUAUCCCUGCAGGAGAGGGUCAAAGUCGGGGAGAUUACUGUCGAUGAGGCUGUCCAGGAGUUCAAGGCUUGGCAGUUUGACCAUGAGCGGAGGGCGAACUCCAUACGCUAUCAGCAGGAUAAUCUAAAGAAAUUACGAAACAGCAUCACCAGACGUCACAAGGAGAGACAGAAGACAGGAAAGGAACUGGAUUAUGAGAUUAGCGCUCCGCUGCAGAGGAACUUAUACUGGGGCUCCAAUAUGACGUUAGAGUGUGCCGUGUACGAGCCUGCACCCAGAGUGGCGGCUCUGCCCCCUACACCAGUUCAGGUUAUCCAGAGGGGCAACUGGAAGACAGGCAGCACAUCCAGCACAUCCAGUACCGAGAGCAACAGGCUGAGCACUCACAGCACUUUUAGCCUGAGCAGCGGGACAGAACCCGAAUUUGAGGACACAUUAGAAAGUCUCCCUCCUCCACCACGACCUCCACGGCCAUCCGAUGCGGCGCCCCACAUUCUCCCACCCAGGAUUCCUCCACGGAUCCCAGGAAGGGUGCCAGAGGUGAACGAGCGCUACAUAUCCUGCCCGACGCGAGCGCUUCCUCAGAGACCGUCACACCGACAAACAGACUCAGCACCUCCUGUGCCACGACGCCUGCGGUGAUGGCCACUUAUCGUCACUUUUUCUGUUGAAUCUUUUGAGUUCAGUGUUAUUUUUAUGUGAGGAGGAGGGAGGAGGUGAUGGUUUGUACCUUUGUCAGCAUUUAAGAUGAACCCAUGCAAAGAGAAAGUUUUACAUUCAGUUUUUAAAAAAAUUCAUUUUAUGCACCAGUUUACCUUAACAGAGUAUUUCUAUCCAUAAUGUUUCACUGAAUACGUGUGUGGGUCUGUUUAUUUGUGUGUGUGUGUGUUUCACUGUAAAAUACUGUUUUCACUUAAUGAGUUUAUAGCAAACGCCAUAAGAUUAAUUAUUAAGUAUCUUAAUUAAAGUAAUUUAGGUUCUGAGUACUUUGUUCUGUUUUCUUUGUUGUUGUUGUUGUGGGUUUUAAGUGUUGAAAUACUGAAAACAGGCCAGUUAUUUGUUGUGUUUGUAUUCUUAAUUGUAUUAUUUGGGUGUGGUGGAUCUCCUGAUAACUGAGCAGUGACUUUAGAGAAAUAUAUAAGAUAUUCCUGUUUGUGCUCCCACUUAAUUGUCAGUUUUUGUAAUAUUAUAUUCUAUGUACUUAUUUUACCUCAAUGACUGUCACCAUUGUGUGUCUUUAAGAAUGAUCUGAGUCGUGUGUACUGUCAGAUUAUCUUCGUGCCUUUAGGUAGUCGUCUUUGUUGUACAUCAGUCUUUGUGUUAUUUCUGAAUUUCAUAAUGAACAAUGAUAAUAUGUUCCUUUCAUAAACUUGAAGCAGUCCUUGUU